AACAAUCUGAGAUCGAUAUGCUGGUUGAACAGGAGGGGUUUGUGGUGCCCGGUGAGGAGAGACUCCCGCUGUUGCCCUCUGUUUCUCCCAGGAAACGGCGGCGUGCAGGAGAAGAGUCUGUGGAAGAAUUCAGGAAGAAAGAGCCAUCAGUACCUUUGGGACUGUCACCUCCUACUAGAACUGAAAAGGAGCCGUUGGCUGUAGGGGAGACGGGAGUUUUGUUGGAAGAGGUUGAAGCUCCUCCGUUGCCUUUAGAGAUUACACCCCCAAGACCUGGAUUGGCGCCUUCUCCCCGUUUGCGUUCAGUCUCUCCCAAGCGACCGCCCCCUCUAAGCCCUGAGCUGCCUGCAUACGAGCCGUCCCCUGCUCACCCUGCCAGGCGGCGGAGGCAGCUGCGCUUCGUGGACGAAGUGAUCCAGAUAUCCCGGGAAGACUUCCAGAAGCAGAUCUCGGAUCCGCAGACACAGUGUCAGCCCCUGCCUGGGCGUUCGGUCCUCAGCGAUCUCCCUUCUUCUUGGCGCCUCCAAUUGCCACCACACUCCGCCCUUCAUUCUCCCUUUAUGUCUAUCAGGCGUUAUCCGGAAAUGGUGCUGUUGCCAGCGAAGAGGCUGAGGACCCCGGCAGAGCUCUUGGGCGCUCCGACAUACGGUUGGAUGCACCCAACCCUCCACAGCCUCUGGGCCCGCUGUGCCAACCUCCAACGGAUGGAUUACGCCAAGCAGAGGAGGAGGGAGGAGGAGGAGGAAGAACCACAGCGGCCGGCGGAGGUCCCCAGUGAGCUGGAGGUGCUACGAGAAGCUGAAGAACCAAGCGUGCCCCUUGUGGGUUCCUCAGAAGUCUCGCUCGAGACCACUGAGGAGGAGCUCCGCGCUAGUCUGGUGGCAGCCGAGGAGAGGGUCCUCCCGGAGCCAGAAGAAGUGGGGCUUCCCAUGCUGCCCGAAGUCCCUGAAAUCAGCUUCGAGCUGCCGCUGGAUAAGGAAAUGCUGACCCUGACUGACGUGCGCAGGUUGGUGGCUGCCAAACUAGAGCAGACUGGAGAGACAGAGUUCGCCCAGCUGGUGCCUUUCACUGUUUCGAGGGACGUGGCCAGCCGAUUCUUCUACAUGUGCCUGGUUCUUGCAGGAGACCGCUACCUGCUUCUGGAACAAGAGGAGCCCUUUGGCCGGAUCGUGAUCAAGCCCGGUGCCUGGUUCCGCCCGAGCUAGCGGCUCCUGCCAGCUGUUAGCCAUUUGUGGCCACAGUCGGACUCUGCUGCUUCCCCAUCUGUGGGCCCAGGCUUGAGAGAGCACAGCGAGUUUUAUCAUUAUUUUUGUCGUUUCGAGUGAAGUUUCUUUUUUAAAAAAAAAAAUUGUUGGUUAACUCUUGGUUAUUCCUACCCUGUUUUAAUAAAUGUAACCU